GAAGCCGGUGCUAGCGGAAAUGUCUCGGCGUCCGCGGCGUUGGCAGGCCAGCAGCAAGUCUGGGUGCAAGAUGGGAGAAUGUGGUCUCAAUUUACAUGGCAGUUGGCAACUGGCAACCCGAAAGCCCUUCUCAUGAGCUAAUUAUGAUUAUCGUCUGAUUCAUUUAUUCACAGACUGCCCAAGUUCCCCAGCCCCUGGCCAUUGUAUGAGCUGGGCAGAAGAUGAGCAGAGAGUGACAGUAGAGGUUGGGUGCAAACAUCAGGCAACUGGUUCCUGACUCAGAAAACAUCUCUUCCAGCCAUUGAACAUCUCCAAUUGGGGCUGAUAACCUACCUACCUUUGGACCCUUUUUGAAGACAUCAUCUGCGUUUGUUGCUUUAUUCUUAGGAUCAUCGCCGCCACAAUGCUGUCGUCUCUCAGGAUCGUAUCCAGGCAAGCCGCUCUUCGGAGGGCACCGGCUCUGAACCUUGCUGUGGCAAGGUCGGCCUCGACCUGGGCCAAUGUUCCGCAAGGACCUCCAGUAUGUAUCACUGAGGCCUUCAAGGCCGAUUCGUUCGACAAGAAGAUCAACCUUGGAGUCGGUGCCUACCGAGACGACAAGGGCAAGCCCUACGUCCUGCCGUCCGUCCGAAAGGCCGAGCAGAAGGUCGUUGAGUCAUCUUUGAACAAGGAAUACGCUGGCAUCACCGGUGUGCCCGAGUUCACCAAGUCCGCUGCCGUCCUCGCCUAUGGCAAGGACAGCUCGGCCCUCGACCGCCUGGUCAUCACGCAGUCCAUCUCGGGCACCGGUGCCCUGCGGAUCGGCGCCGCCUUCCUCGCCCGCUUCUACCCGGGGUCCAAGAACAUCUACAUCCCGAACCCGUCGUGGGCGAACCACGGCGCCAUCUUCACCGACGCCGGCCUGCAGGUCCAGAAGUACCGCUACUACAACAAGGACACCAUCGGCCUCGACUUUGAGGGCCUGGUCGCCGACAUCAAGGCCGCGCCCAAGGGGUCCAUGUUCCUGUUCCACGCGUGCGCGCACAACCCCACCGGCGUCGACCCCACCGUCGAGCAGUGGAAGGAGAUCGAGGCCGUCGUCAAGGCUCAGGGCCACUAUGCCUUCUUCGACAUGGCGUACCAGGGAUUCGCGAGCGGCAAUAUCGACACGGACGCCUUUGCCGUGCGCUACUUUGUCGAGCAGGGCCACAACAUCUGCCUCGCGCAGUCGUUCGCCAAGAACAUGGGCCUCUACGGCGAGCGCAUCGGCGCCUUCUCGAUCGUGACCGAGUCUGCCGAGGAGAAGAAGCGCGUCGACUCGCAGGUCAAGAUCCUGGUCCGGCCCAUGUACUCGAACCCGCCGAUCCACGGGGCGCGCAUCGCGUCCGAGAUCCUCAACAGCCCCGCGCUGUACGACCAGUGGCUGGGCGAGGUCAAGGGCAUGGCAGAUCGCAUCAUCACCAUGCGCGCGCUGCUCAAGGAGAACCUCGAGAAGCUCGGCUCCGCGCACGACUGGUCGCACAUCACCAGCCAGAUCGGCAUGUUCGCCUACACCGGCCUCACCCCCGAGCAGAUGGACAAGCUGGCCAAGGAGCACAGCGUCUACGCCACCAAGGACGGCCGCAUCUCCGUCGCCGGCAUCACCACCGAGAACGUGGGCCGCCUGGCUGAGGCCAUCUACAAGGUCAAGGGUUGAGCGGUACAGUAGCCGGUGAAAGCUGUCUUUGGGCGGUGGGUGAAAGUGGGAGGGGAGGGGGGCGUUGAUGUUGUUGGAAAUUUGGGUUUAGCGUCUUCGUGCAGCUUGACUUGCUUUCCUAUUUUGUACAUACAAUACAGGCACAGGUAGAUUGGUCAAAGAGCAAUGCCAUCGACGGCGCCAUAGAACACUGAUUGAGCCCCCCUGUUAUACUUA